AUGUCGUCCUGGGAGCUCCUCAACGACGCCGAAGAAAACGAACUCCACAAAUCCCGCCUCCUGAACAUCGAGGAGAAGCCACUCAAGCGCAUCACCAAGCGCCUCGCGGCCAUCUCCACCAUUAUCGCCGCCAAGGCCGCCCAGCAACCCACGCCGCCCCCCGACGCCAACGCCGCCUCUGCGUCCGCCGACCCGGGGGCCCUGCACCGCGAGCGCGCCCUGCUCCGGGAAGACCUGGCCCUCGACUUCGCCGCCUUUGACAGCAGCAUCGCGCGCCUGCAGUUCCUCCUCGACGCCAACGAGCGCGAGCGCGCCCGCUACGCCGCCGACCAGCAGCGCAUCCUCGACGAGUGCCAGGCCGUCCGCGACAACAAUGCCGCCCUGCGCGCCCGCCUCGACGUAGCGCGCGGCACGCUGCGCCAGCGCAAGGAGUUUGACCGCCUCGCCGACGACAUCACCAACAAGAGCAUGCUGCGGCCGCGGGACGACCAGCGCGUCGCGCUGCGGAAGCUCGAGGAGGAGUGCGCCGGGCUCGAGCGCGAGAGCGAGACGUACAACGACACGUGGGGCGAGCGCAAGGAGCAGUUUGCCAGGAUCAUGGACGAGGCUAUGCGGCUGCGGCGACAGAUUCGCGACGAGAAGGAGGAGGUCGAGCGCAGGGAGGGCAUGAACGAGGAUGGCGAGGAGGACGGCGAGGUGUCGAGGGCGGGAGGCAGUCGUGGCACGACGCCGAGACCAGAGGGCGACGCUGGCACGCCGAGACCGAACGGCACGAGCGGCGGCAGGACGCCGGCGCCGGAGAGCCAAGCGGAGGAGGGCCAUGGGCUGAAGCCGCGGCCGGAGGGGCUGGGGAGUCUGUCGCGUGGCGGCAGCCUGGCGCCCAGCCAGGCGGGCACGCCACGUCAUCAGGCAGAUGACUCCGGCGACGAUGAUAUCGAGGAAGGCGAGGACGUCGAGAUGGAUGACUCGCGGCAGACAAAUGCCCAUAAUUCGGGCGCUGACACGCCUCAGAUCACGGUGGCUGCGCCAGGCGGCGACAGCAUGGAGGUCGACAGCUAG